AUGGCUUCCAAUCCCAAACAUCUAUCUGGCUAUCAGAAAAGAAAGAGAAAGCAAAAGGAAGAAGCAUUAAUUCAAAGUCAAGCAGGAGAUAUUGAUAAAUAUUUUUCUAGUAACAAGAGAAUGAUGGUAGAAGAAACAAUUGAUAAUCCAACGAAUGUGGAACAAGAGAAUGAAAGCAACAUUCAUGUUGAAGAACUUGAUCAAUCUUUGGAUAUAGAAUUGAUUCAAACCCUCAAUGUAAAUGAAUCGAAUGAUGAAGAUGAUGUGGAUGUGGUUAAUAAUCAAUCUGAAAAUCAAGAGACUUUGUUUCCACUUAAUGUUGAUGAUCCAGCAAAUUGGGAUAAGAUUGAUCAAAAUAUUCGGGAUUUUUUAGUUGAAAGGGGUUCAAGUAGAGUUGAUGGUGUUUUGUUUCCUAAGGACAAUAAUGGUAGGCAUUUUGAUGCAUCACAUUACAAGAGAUUACUACCUAAUGGCGAAAAAAAAGAUAGAAAGUGGCUUGUGUAUUCAAUUUCUUCCGACAAAGUAUUUUGCUUCUGUUGCAAAUUAUUCAAAACUCAAAGUACCAUGUACAAAAUUGGUCAAUUGGCUAAUGAAGGGUACAAAGAUUGGCAUAACUUGAGUCGUAGUCUGAAAAAUCAUGAAGCAAGUAAGGAACAUAUUGAUUGUAUGAUUAAUUGGAUUGAAUUGGAGAAAAGGUUGGAAAAAAAUAAGACAAUUGAUGAUAGUAUACAAGUAGAAAUCAACAAAGAGAAGGAGCAUUGGAGACAACUAUUAAAGAGGAUAAUUGCUAUUGUGCAUAGAUUGGCAAAAAACAACUUGGCAUUUCGAGGAGAUUAUGAGAAAAUUUAUGCUGAAAACAAUGGCAAUUUUUUGCAAAUGAUUGAAAUGAUAGCAGAGUUUGAUCCAAUAAUGAAAGAACACAUUCGUCGGAUACAAUCAAGUGAAACUCAUUAUACAUAUCUUGGUCCUAAAAUCCAAAAUGAGUUGAUACAGAUGUUGGCACAUGAAGUGAAAAAAUCAAUCAUUGCAAAAGUUAAAAAGGCCAAAUAUUAUGCAGUUAUACUAGAUUGUACUCCAGAUGCAGGUCAUGAGGAACAAAUGUCCCUUGUAAUACGUUGUGUGGAUGAUUCAGCAACCUCUGCAGUGAUAGAAGAAUAUUGGGUUGAAUUUUUGAAGGUAGAUGAUACAUCAGGACUUGGACUUUUUACUGAGUUAAAAACUGUGUUGAAAAAUCUUGGACUUAAUCUUGAUGAUAUAAGAGGCCAAGGAUAUGACAACGGAUCAAAUAUGAAAGGAAAACAUAAUGGAGUGCAGAGAAGAUUAUUAGAUAUUAACCCUAGAGCUUUCUAUACUCCUUGUGGAUGUCACAGCCUAAAUUUGGCAUUAUGUGAUAUUGCGAAUUGUUGUCCUCAAGCUAUGUCAUUUUUUGGAGUAAUACAACGGAUAUAUAAAUUGUUCUCAUCUUCUACCAAGCGAUGGAAAAUUUUCAAACAUCACAUGGAAGGUUUAACACUUAAGCCAUUGUCACAAACCCGUUGGGAAAGUCACGUUGAAAGUGUGAGACCAAUAAAAGAACAAAUUUCAAAGAUAAGAGAUGCUUUACUUGACUUAGCAGACAUGGGUGAUGAUCCAACAGGAAAGAGUGAGGCUGAGUCUUUAGCAACACAUGAUCUUGAAAAUUUUGAAUUCUUGGUUGGUUUGGUAAUUUGGUAUAAGUUGUUGCAUUCAGUAAAUAUUGUAAGCAAGAUUCUCCAAGCUGAAGAUGUAGAUAUUGAUGUUGCUAUUAAACAUAUAAAGGGUCUUAUGUUGAAUUUUGAAGAAUAUAGAGAACAUGGAUUUGAAAAGGCUGUUAAUGAAGCUAAACAAAUGGCAAAUGAAUUGGGAAUUGAAGCUUCAUUCAAGGAAAAACGGUAUUCUUCUCUACAAAGCCGGUUUGAACAAUUUAAAAAAUAUGAAGAAACUUUUGGGUUUUUAUUCAGUUUGGAGAAAUUAAAGUGUGUUGAUGAUGAUAAUUUGUUAAGAUCUUGUGAAAAUCUUGAACAAUGUUUAAAGCAUAAUGACAAUUCUGAUAUUGAUGGACAUGAGUUAUUCAUGGAGUUAACUCUUUUGAAGUAUUCUUUACCAACAGAAGCAAAAAGAGCAAUAGACGUGUUGAAUCAUCUCAAAGAUGUGGAUGGUUGUUAUCCGAAUGCUUAUAUUGCUUACAGAAUUUUGUUGACUAUACCAGUUACAGUUGCAACUGCCGAAAGAAGUUUCUCGAAGUUGAAAUUGAUCAAAAAUUAUCUUCGAUCAACUAUGUCACAAGAAAGAUUGAACGGGCUGGCCAUGCUGUCAAUUGAGAAGAAAAUUGUGGAAUAUCUUGAUUACUCAUGCUUAAUUGAUAUUUUUGCAUCAAAAACGACAAAACGUGUUAUAUUUAAGUGA